AUGGUCCUGGUCGACAACGUCGAGAACCUCGAAGCGGUCGGCUUAGACCACAGCUGGCAAGCCGGAUCGCAAUACUUCGGGGCGCACGGCGAGAAUCGCCUGGAAGAACUCGGGCGCCGCGCCUUCAUUUUCCGCAGGGACUCGAUGGCCAAGCCCCCCGCGUUACUACAGUUAUCAUGGGCCCGCUUAGAUAGCGAACCCAUGACGGCAAAGCAAGGCGCGCAAGGGCC